UUCUCUGCAGUGUAGUCGGUCCUCACGACAGGACUUAACUUGUACCCAUUUAAUACGUGAAUGAAGAUUUUGGAAACAUCAUGCGCCGUUUGGGUAAUGAAGAAACAGUCACAUUCCGACACUACGAGGAUAGAAGUGAAUAAACGACAAAGGGUGAGCACAUUUUCAAAGGAAAAUUGAAAGAAAUAGGCUACAUCUCAUCAAUGUAAACAAAACGUGUUUGUGCGCUUAAAACCACCAGCGUUUAUGAAGCGAGUUUUCAUCUUUUUUGUCUGUCUUGAGCUGGUGCGCUUUUCCUCCUCCUGAUGUUCAGCUUCCUCUGGGGGGGUCAUGCUGUGGCCAGCUGCCUUGCUCUCACUUUCAUGCUUCUUCUGCACAUCUUGGAUGUGUGUGUGUCAGAAUGCCCAGAGAGCUGCGUCUGCUCAGAGAGUGUCGACGGUGGGCUGAUGGUCCGUUGUAGAGACAUGAACUUAAUUGCGGUGCCACGUGGCCUUCCGAACAACACAAGACAUCUAUACCUAGACAACAACCUGCUCUUUACUAUACCAUCUGAUUCAUUUAUAGGGCUCCCACUGCUGUUCAAACUAGAUCUUUCCCACAACAGACUGGUGCAUCUGGAGCCAGGAGCCUUUCGAGACCAAGCGGGCUCGUUAAGCAGCUUGGACCUUUCUUUUAACCUGCUGGAGACACUGGACCCCGAGGCGUUUGGCGACCUCAGAGCCCAGACUAACCUCUCUCAUAACCCGUGGCUGUGUGACUGCCGUCUGCAGAUGGCUAUGCCACAGCUGCUCUUAGAUCCCUCCUCCCUCGCUGAGGUGGUGUGCAACACUUCUGAACCCGAGGAGCUGGGUGCUCAAGGUAUGCCAUUCAUCCUGGUGGCGACUGAUCUUGACUUUUGCGCAACGCUCCGGAGGACCACUGACUUUGCUAUGCUAGUAACGAUGUUUGGCUGGUUUACAAUGGUUAUAUCCUAUUUAGUGUACUAUAUAAGGCACAACCAAGAAGAUGCCAUCCGCCAUCUAGCAUAUCUCAAGUCUCUCCCAAACAGACAGGACAGGUCUGGGGAGUCACUGACACGUAGCACCUGGUUGUAAAGUAAAUAAGAAAAAAAAUACUGAAUCUACUUUAAAACUUUUAUUUAUAGUGAGAAGAUGAAACAUAAAAUUCUUACAUUUUGCUCAUUAACUCUUUCCCCGCCAGCAUUAAAAAAAAAAAAGUUGCCAGCCACCACCAGCGAUUUUGAUGAUUUUCACUAAAAUUUGAUGGCCUACCGUAUAUUUUGUUGUAUGAAUAUUUGAAUAUGCAAUAAACCAAAAUAAAGAUCAAAGCCUCUACUUUUAAACAAAAAAAAAUCUGUUUUAUUCUAGCUUAAAGCAUUCUUUUUUUUAUCAACACUUGAUAUAGGUUUCAUAAAAAUUUAUAAUUUUGAGCAAAAAGGUGAGAAAAUCACACUUUAUUAUCAAGAACUCAAUACAAUUAUCAAAGCAUAAAUCCUGUAAUUCGCUUCCAUCAACACCUCCAAAGCUUGCACAGCCAUAUACCACUUCCUGGAUCAUCAUUCGACUCCAUAACAUUAUGCAGUUUUCAUUUAUAUGCUGUCUAUUGAUGAUGAUCGCAUUAUUUAUGAAAUGCAUCUGUUUUAUAAGAGACAAGCUAGUUUUUCCGUCCUGUUCACGGGUGUUUUGUUCGGGAGGUUUUGUACUUGUUCAGAAUAGGUGUAAUGGAGCCCCCGAAUGUAUAACAGUGAAAACAUGAAAAGCCAUAAAAACUCUUCAAUUGCGGGGAAGCACUGUCUUCUAAAUGACGAGAUAACUCGUCAAUGGUGGGGAAAGAGUUAAAGGGACAGUUCACCCAAAAAUGAAAAUUCUGUCAUUCAUUACUCAGCCUCAUGUCCUUACAAACUCCUAAGACCUUCAUUUAUCUUCAGAACACAAAUUAAGAUAUUUUUGAUGAAAUCCAGGAGCUUUCUGAGCCUCUAUAGACAGCAAAGCAGCUGACACAUUCAAGGCCCAAAGAGGUAGUAAGGACAUCUUUAAAAUAGUCCAUGUGACAUCAGUGGUUCAUUCUUAAAUUUA